AUGACUGAUAGAAAGGCCUGGAAUUAAAAAGAAGAUAUAGCCAUUCUUCACUUAGUUAAGCAAUAUGGGAUAAAAAAAUGGACAACUGUGGCUGAAAAAAUGAAAGAAAUAUAUGGGUUAUUUGGUCGAUCUGGGAAAUAAUGCAGAGAAAGGUAUCAUAAUCAUUUGGAUCCAUCAAUAAACAAGGAUCCUUGGAGUGAAAGUGAAGAGAAGAUAAUAUUUUUGGCACAUAGAGAACAUGGAAACAAAUGGGCAGAAAUUGCAAAAUUACUUCCAGGUAGAACAGAUAAUGCCAUAAAAAAUCAUUUCUAUUCAACCUUAAGAAGAAGUUUAAGACGUAUAAAUAAAAUGAUUGGUGACAAAAACAGUAAUCUGCGUAAAUAAAUAUUUAGCAAAGAAAAGUGUACCCAAUAGAUCAAGGACAUUAAGCCAGGUGUUUUGUCCAAGAUCUUCAUACUAGCUGAAAAAAAUCCAUCUGAACUUAAAGAUGAUCAUAUGAAAAAGUUAUGCAUAGCUUGCAAAGGCUUAUAAGAUUCCAUUCUUGAAUUUGCAUAAUCUAAGCAAAAAUCAUAGAUCAUUCAAUUCAAUGAAGAGAAAUUCAAGCAAUUGAUAGAGAAAAUUAUGGAUUUUAACGGACUUUAUACUAAAUAAAGAGAGAAUAAAUUAAAAUCAAGAAAAUUAAAUUUGAAGAAAAGAAAGAAUAUUGUUGAGGAGGAUGAUGAUGAAGAGGAUGAUUCAUAUUCUAGUUUUUAUAAAAUUGAAGACAAUAGUAUUUAAAUACCAAUAAAGAGAUCAAUUCGAUAAAGUUCAAGAAAAAAAAUUAAAUUCAACGAUGAAGAUGAACUUGAUAUUAUUAUUAGGACUAAACAGGGUUCAGUCUUUAAAAUAAUUUAUGAUAGAUUUUAAUUUUAAACAUAUGAAAAUGAAUCUUCAUAAGAAUCUCAAAAUGAAUAAAAUUCUAAUUAGAAUUUACAAAAUAAAAUUACUCAAUUAACAAUUUCUUCAAAUAAACUAAAUUUUGAAAAUACAAAUUCUAAAGAAUUAAAAAAUGAAACAAUUCAUUUUGAGAAUAUUCAUACUAGUAAGUCUAGUUUUACACCCUUAAUUUUGAUCAAACCAUUACUUAAUGUUGAUCAUUCAAACUUUGAUCAAUAUUUAGAAAAGUUGAAACAAGAUAUUGAUGCAAAUUCUUAAAAAUAUCUAUAAGGAGAAGACCUUAAUUUAGAUAUCAAUAUUGAUUUUGCAGAAGCGACCAAAGAUUUUACGAAAUCAUCAAGCUCUAAAUUUGGAUACACUUCAAGUGCAUUUAAAAAAUACAAAAAAGAUCUAGAUUUAGAUAAUUUCUUUGUCACACCAAAUAAUUAUUAAUGA